AUGACUAUCAAAAUGGCAUGCUACUUUGGUUGGAUAGCGUUUGACUUACGUGAAGCUUUCUACCCAUUACUUACUAACAAUUAUAUCAAAUCUAACAUAAUGACCAUCGUACUUCACACCUUCUGCUUGUCAAAUCAUAUCUUUAAAUUCAUACUCAUUAAUUAUAUGUGCGAAACAGUUACCACUAAGGCAAAAGCAACAGCAGAUAUAUUAAAUAAAUUAUCAUAUGUUACUUGUGAUAUUGAAAUUCGUGAAAUCAUUUCACAAUUUUCAUUACGAAUAGUUCAUGCCCCACUUAGAUUCUAUGGAAUUGGACUUUUCCAAUUUGGUUUCAAAUUUCUUCACGGGUUUAUCACAUCUGUUGCGACUGUUGUAGUUUUAAUACUACAAGCACAAGUAAAUAAGCAAAAAUUUAUGUGA